CGAAGCCAGUGGAUCGAAGUUGCCCAGUCUAACAGCGUUUAUAGCGACUUAUUUAGCCUAUAUUGCAUUUUGACAGAUUUGAACGUAACCCAGAAGUUAAAUAUACUCUUUGGAUUUGUUUUACUUCUUUGGGGGUUAACACUAUGGCAUCUGUUCGAAGAAUGAACCUAAGUCAUGCCCAACAGCAAAAACUCCUUGCAGAGAACAGAAGGAAAGAGAUUGCUCGGGAAGAUCAGCUAAAGCGAAUCAACCAGGAACGUGUGGUGGAGGCUAACAUGUCUAGUGAAGAAAGGAUAGAAAACAAACGGUUUCUGCGUAGACUUCACCAGGAAGCGACUGAAAGAGAAAUGGACGAAGGAAUUAAAAAACAACAAGAACGAAAGAUUCUUCAGGAAAGACAACAAGAACAGGAGGAGAGACUGGCCAAGGAGCUUGAAAAGAUGAAGCUAGAGAGUCUUCGUGACCAGAAGCUGACCCAGCAGAUACGAGAAAACAGUGUUGAAUUGAGGGAACUUGAAGCCAAAUUAAAAGCAGGAUUUAUGAAUCGUGAAAGAGCAGCUCAACUGGCUGAGAAGAUGGCCAUGAAGCUCGAUUGUCAGAAACGGGACGACGAGAUACACGAAAAGAUGAAAGAAGAAUACAAGCGAGCACUAGAAGUGGAGCGAGUCAAAGAAAAUCAACGCUGGGAAGAAAGUGUCCGCUAUCAGGAGCAACUCGAGAAACAACUGGCUGAAAAGGAGCGCCGCAAACAGGAGGCUUAUGAGGAAUUCCUGAAAGAAAAACUCAUGAUUGAUGAGAUUGUGAGGAAGAUCUAUGAAGAAGAUCAAAGGGAGCUUGAAAAUAGACUGCAGAAACAAUUGGCUACUCAGCGGUACAUUCAAGAGUUCAAGACGAAGCGAUCUGAGUGGAAAGCGCACGAGCGUCGCUUGAUGGAGGAGGAGAAUGAACGUAUUUUGGAGUUUGCAAAAUUGCAGCAACAUCGCGAGGAAGAGAGAAUGGAGAAGAAAAAACAACAAGAGGAGAGUAUGGCAGCCGUGCAAGAGAAGCUUUCAAAACAAAUUCAAGAAGAAACUGAGGCCAGGGAAGAAAUGGAAAGAAUUCGAACAGAGCUGUAUCUUGAGGAACAAGAAGAAAUGGAGAGACAGAAGGAAAAGAUGGCGAUUGAAAACAGGCUCCGCCAGCGGUUGGACUUGCAGAGCACGCGCAGACAGCAACUUGAGUUCAAGGAGAUGAAGUUACAAGCUGAGAGAGAGGAGGAAGAAGAGUUCAGAAGAAAGAUGCUCGAGAAAUUCGCUGAAGAUGACCGAAUCGAACAAAUGAACGCUCAGAAGAGGCGAAUGAAGCAACUGGAACAUAAGAAAGCGGUAGAAAAACUAAUCGAAGACAGGAGAGUCCAGUUCCAAAGAGAAAGGGAAGCAGAAUUGGAGGCACGUCGUGAACAAGAAAGAAUGGAGGAAUACAGAAGGCAAAUCAUUGAAAGAGAAAGACAAAGGAUGCUGCGAGAACACGCUUCUAAACUUCUUGGUUUCUUACCAAAGGGUGUAUUACGUGACGAAGAAGAUCUUGAGCUGUUUGAUGAACAAUUUAAAGACGCUUACCGAGCGAGAAAGGUCGACUACUUUGAUGAAGAUGACGACGGAAGUUAUUAAAGUUAACUUGUUGAGAAUAACAAUUAUCAUACUAGAUUCUAACACAUUUUUAAUUUCAAACACUGAAUACGAAUUUCUUUCCCCAGAUGGUGUCCGAAAAAAUAUGGUUUGGUUUUUUAGUGAGUUAGAGAAAUGUGCUUGUGGUGGUUGUGGUAAAGUAUAUUAAUUUGAAGGAGUUAGUCUAAAUGUAAGUAACAUUGUUUAGCAUCUUUUGUAAUAAAGAUAUCCAACCAAA